GACCUAUUUGUUCAGUUUCGUACGAUGAAGUGUCGCUCAUGAAUCGCAAUCAACGCGCUCUCUCCGACAGUACCACAAUCUGUGAUCGAACAUUUAUCUACAUCACAAACGCCGGCGUUAAUGCCAUCGCCGAUACUCAGGAAUUACCCAUUGUAAUCCUAUGAUGAAGAUCAUUCUUCUCAUCCUGCUAUCGUUAUGCGCGCUACUUAACGCGGAUCAGCUGAGGUACAAACCGCGCGGGCCGCCGCUGAGGCGGCGAUCGCCGCCGCCGCCCCCGCCCCACCGGCAGUUCGCGAAGAAAUGGCACCAGGCGCCCGUCAAGCCGCUGGGGAUGCUGCAAGGCGCCCAGCCGUUCUCCUACAGGGGCCCGCCGGUGAGGCAGAAGCCCCAGAAGAUCAAUCACAACGUCAACAACGCGCCCGUGUUGAUGGCGAUGCCGCUGCAGCUGCACAACAUGCCGCAACGGCCGCCCACCAGGGGGUUCUGGAAGAACCCGCUCAACGUGCCGGAGGUGGUGUACAAGCCGCAGAGCCCGCCGCAGCCCGUCGAGAAGCAAAAACCUUUCAGAUCGGCUCCCAGUCUUCCACUACCGGAGUACGAUUAUCACAUACAAACCAACCAAAUUCCUCACUCGCACAUCAACCCAAUCAAACAAAUCGGCGAGAAGGGUCCCAUUCACACCAUCCCAGCGCCAAACCUGAGCCUCAAAGACAAACCUCCUGUCAUCAACGAAGUAAGAAGCGAAUAUCCAAAGCACGUGCCUCAGCAAGAAGUCAGUUUCCAAUACGGGAAUAUCGCUCACGAAAUCCGAGGAGACCUCGGCUUCGGGCAGAAAAUCCCGCAAUCCACGCACGUGACGAUCCAGAAAAGCCACGAAUACCAGGUCACCGAGCCGCCGGAGCACAACCAGAAGCUGCUCAGGGCGCAGCAGGAGCACCAGCGGCAGAUACAGCUCCAAAUCCAGAAGCAGAUCGAGCAAAUGCAGAAGCAGAGCGCUCAACAGGACCAACCCCAGCAAAUCGUGCUGACCUCCGAUAUACCAGUAGCCGACCAACAUUCGAACCAAGAGGGCGCGUUGAGCCCCAAAGACCUCUACCAGCUGGUCAGCGCCGCCUACCCCCAACCGCAGCAAACCCAGCAACAGGACCACGUCGAAUUCUUCCAACCGGACGCCGGUUUCGCGGAGCAAUACGCCCCGGAACCGUCCGCAGAGAACCAAGAGAAGCUCGCCUUCCGCCCGGAGUACCAGUCGUUCAACUACGACGAGCAGGCGCACCAGAAGAGCCAGUCCAAGAAGGUCUCGGCCACCUACAACUUCGGCUCGGAGGCCGACGAGGAGGAGCCGGAGCUGGUGCGAAACUACUUCGACAGCCGCAGCGACGUCGGCGACAACCGGAUCGAGCCGGAUGAGAAGAUCGCGGGCGUCUACUACGCGUCGCUGCCCAACCAGGAGGCGGCCGAGCGGCUGGCGCAGCUGCAGACCGCCGGGAAGGUCAACAGCGGGCUGAUGAAGCUGGCGCAGGGCCAGCGCGAGCCCAUCACCAUUCUGAUACCGGACGACGAGGAGGGCGCCGACGAGGCGAAAAUCGAGGAUAAGAAGGACGUGGAUGAGAAAUACGGCGAGUACGACGAGGAGGAGGACAACGCCAAGUCUGAGGAGGGCUCGGAAUUCGGUCAUCGGAUCAGAUCGAAGAAACGGGCCGAAUAG